CCUCUUCCGCCGCGGCUCCGGCGUCCUGAAGCACGAGUGUGCAUCUAUUCUCUCCGUAAAGAGACUUUAGUUGAUAUACCGGACCGACUGGCAACACCUCGCUCACAAAAAUGAAACCCAUCCUGCUCCAGGGCCAUGAGAGGUCCAUCACUCAAAUUAAGUACAACAGAGAAGGAGACCUGCUCUUCUCUGUAGCUAAAGACACGGUCGCCAACGUGUGGUACUCAGUCAAUGGCGAGAGGCUUGGCACCUACAACGGACACACAGGAGCUGUGUGGUGUGUCGACUGUGACUGGGACACUAAAAAUGUCCUGACAGGAUCAGCAGACAACAGCUGUCGACUAUGGGACUGCGAGACAGGUAAACAGCUGGCCCUGCUCAACACCAACUCUGCCGUCAGGACGUGCGGCUUCGACUUCAGCGGCAACAUCAUCAUGUUCUCCACAGACAAGCAGAUGGGUUACCAGUGCUUCCUCAACUACUUUGACCUGAGGGACCCACAGCAAAUCGAAGACAACCAGCCCUACCUGUCCAUACCCUGCAGCGAGCACAAGAUCACCAGUGCUGUGUGGGGACCUCUGGGAGAGUUUGUCAUCGCCGGCCACGAGAACGGAGAGAUCAACCAGUUCAACGCCAAGACUGGAGAGGUCCAGAAGAAGAUAAAGGAGCACAGCAGGCAGAUCAAUGACAUCCAGUCAUCAGUGGAUCUCACCAUGGUGAUCACCGCCUCAAAGGACAACACUGCCAAGCUGUUCGACUCUACUUCUCUGGAUCACAUCAAGACCUUCAAGACAGAGAGACCCGUCAACUCUGCUGCCAUCUCCCCCAUCAUGGAUCAUGUGGUGAUGGGAGGUGGACAGGAAGCCAUGGAGGUCACAACAACCUCCACAAGGAUCGGCAAGUUUGAGGCCAGGUUCUUCCACGCUGCCUAUGAAGAGGAGUUUGGCAGGGUCAAAGGUCAUUUCGGUCCCAUCAAUUGCGUGGCAUUCCACCCCGAUGGAAAGAGUUACAGCAGUGGAGGAGAGGACGGAUACACGAGGAUUCACUACUUUGAUCCACAGUACUUUGACUUUGAGCUGGAGGCGUAAACAGACCCCACAGCUCCAGCUUCAACAUCAGACUCAGUCCAGUCAGGAAGGAUUAACGGACUGGUGUGAGUUUACAGCUGACCGACCACCUCGCCUCUUCUCCCUUCAUCUGAACUGAUCUGGAGUCAGGGUACAAGUCAGUGAUUCAGGUCGGCUUUGUGUACAUGUCACAGAUCAGUUCAAAUAAAGUUAAAGAGGUCAGAAGACCACUGACUGCAUCUCAAUGACAAGAGGGGUUUGUGGUGUUUUUUUUUUUAAAAGGAAUAUUUUCUAACAUCACUUGGAAACUUUCUUGGUGGGAUCGGGAGCAUCUAGAGUUGAAUCUUUUUGUACGGUGGUUCUUCAAAAGCUGUCACGACUGGACUUAAUUCCACACUCCCUGAUUCCCAGAUCUAUUUAAUCUGAUUCUACAAAGGAUUUGAACUCAUAAUGCAUUUUCUGCUGUGUAACCAUUCCACUAAAGUCAUCAUAAAGUUACUUAUUCAA